AUGGCACUUUUUCUUUCUAAAAGCGAAGACGGAAUCGCCCAAGCAUGGGCAAUGGCAACCCUUGGCUCGCUGCUGGCCCAUCGUCGCUCGCUUCUCAAGUCUGUAAAUUCAAUUUCUAUACCAGAAACCUGCCAACUUAUAAUUUCUUCGCCCACAAGCACUCUUCCUCUCCGCAUCUCUUCAAGUCUCUUGUACGGGAUGUCGUUGAUAUAUAAGCAGAAAGUGACGUGUAUGUUUAACGACCUCUUGUCCGUUUACACCCGCAUUUCUAUUCCUUACGCCCAGCCUCAAUUGGAAGAGAUAUCUCCAACCAGCACUUUGGCUGCAAAAAAACCUUCCCACAGGCAGUACUUGAGCGAUGACGCCAAAUUCAAUAUAGCAGAGGAUUUUGUUCCCGAUUUCGAAUUGGAGCCCUCGGUGGCCAUGGAAUUGGCUCUCCAAAUCAUGAAACAGGAUACUCUUCUUAAUAAUAUAGACCCAGGGAACAUCCCACUAGCGGAAGAAGCAGAAGCUCGCGAUCUACUGUUUGAAAGGUUCAUGGACAAGUCGUAUGCAAGCAUUCAUAUGGCGCCCGACGAAGGAUACGACGUUGACUUUGAUUUUGAUCAAAACGGAGACAUCAUUGUCCGAAAUAAUACUGAUAAAAGUGAUUUGGAACCUGGAGACGUUUUGACGUAUGCAGAUUUCGACCAAGACCUCCAUGCCAUUGAAGCUCCGACGGAAGAACUCACUAAAACUCACAACUCGGGUUCCAACGACCCACACUUUUCUACUACUGCAAAUUUGACAGCGGCUGCUGAUGUUCCAUGCCAGAAAGGUAACAAGAGGAAGUUUCGCUUCGUCAAAGAUGAUCAGUUGUAUUCUCUUCAAGGCGUGAAAAGAUCAAAAUCGGUUAAGCAUCAAGUGUCAUUCCCAAAUUUGAUAGAACUUCUCAGUCGUACAAGUCCUCACUUUGUCAAUUCAUGCUAUAAGGCAGUGUUUGGCCCAGUUAUUACUUCUUCAAUUCCUCGGGACCGGUUACCUCUGGCCGAACGUCACCCACGAGCAUCACAGGCAACAUUACAUAGGUUUUUUCACGAUUUGGUGGAGAUCGAAGAAGGACGAAACAUCAGGGCACCAAACACAAGCUUCGAUAAUUUAGAUAUCUUUCUUAAUCAAAACGACGUUCCUGAAGACGAACAAUUCUUUCAGGACAUUGAUUUUGACGUGAUACUAAACCUCUCUUUGGAUACAUCGCUUGACGAGUUACAGCACGGAAAUAAUGAGGCGUCUCCAUAUGCUCAAAUGCUCAGCAAAUUUAACAGUUUUGUAAAGACGAAGUUGGGGCAAGAAGAGGUGGAUCAGAUUAGUUUUGAGCAGCUCGUUCCAAGCAAGGCAACCAUCAGCGAGCGGUCAGUGACAAAGAGGUUUGCCGCAUCUGCUUUCGCAUCAUUAUUACAACUCGCUACAUUGGAUCAAUUGCGAAUCGAGAGUUCAGAUUUAGCAUGGUCACUGAAGGGUAGUGACAUAUACUUACGUAUGUCUCAUGUUUAA